AUGACGCUUGUUCGCUGCCACUACUCGGGUCAGGACGCCAGGUUGCCGCUUGAGCUGUGUCGCUGCGGCGCCAUGUUUGGCGCACUCUUCUGGUCCCUGUUUGCGCAGGUUUUGCUGCGUUACACCAGUGCUGCGUGGGUGCAGCGAGGCGAGGCCUGUGUCUUCUUUUUCUUCAUGGUCUGUUCUUGUGCUCUUGCGCCCGCUGCGCCCCGUCGCGACCAUGUUCACGGCGACAACGAUGAAGAGGUUGAAAAGACGCCUACCCGACAGCACCGAAUCAAAGGCCACAAGCCCUUGGCAGCGCUCGCGGACUGUCUCCUACUACUCUCCGUACUCCUCAUCUACGCUGGUGCCUCGAUGGCCUGCACAUUUGCCACCCCGUUGGCGCUGCGGGCAGGCGUGGCGCCCGCCACAGCAGGGUUCGUUCAGGCUUGCAUGUACGCGGCAGGCCUGGUGGGCGAGCUAUUGGUCGGGCACAUCGAGCAUGCCGUUUCCAGGAAAUGGAUCCUUGUCGCCCUCGCCACUCUCGCUGGCCUCCACACUGUAUUGAUCCCGUACAUAGCAUCUACCCCGAUCACGCUCGUCUUUUUUUUCUUUUUCGGCAUGUUCCCGGCGCUAGUCAUGACGACAACCCCUCUUCAUUUUCUGCAGUCCAUUCAGCUGGGUGAUCGCGGCGCAACAGUCCUCAUUCUGGCAUCCAGUCUCGGGUUUCUACUGGGGGGGCCUAUCUGCGGGUUCGCCGAGGAUUCGCGUCGAGGAUGGGCAGGGGGCAACGUGGCUUACAUGACGAGCUUGUGGGGAGGGACGCUCGCGUUGGCCGUCACCUUGACCUGCAGGGUCAUGUUUCUGACCUAG